AUGGAUGGCGAGCCUGAAGCUUUAUCUGAUACGGCAACUAACUGCAACCUACCACCAGCAUCUGAAACACUAUCAGAUAAUACCCAAGCUAGACUAGAUACGUUGGAGAAGAAGGCUGUUCACCUAAGACUAGUAUUGGAAAAGGAUUUUAAGGCCGCAGAUAUAAAAUGGAGUCUGUUUGUAGCGGCAGCGUUCAGUUUUAGAUACGAAAGCUGUCUCAGACCGUUUCCACCAGCUUUCUUGAAAAGUGGCGUUAAAGAUAUGGAUGAAUUACUAAGCGUUGUUACUGAUGUCCCGGCCUUAGACUUGGUGUUAGAGCAACUAGAUAAUUUAGAUAAUUUGUCGAAUAUGAGUGAUAUUAUUGAUUUGCUCUUCUAUGUACUUGUGAGAUUAAAAGAGCCUACUCUGAAGACUGUACCUGCGGAUGUGCAUGAAGCCGUCUUAUUGAACACGCAUUCUACAAUUUCCGCGCCGAAACCACAGUAUAUAUUCCAAGUAGUCAGCUCCUCUAAAUCAAUAGCAGAAACCAAAUGGAAAGACCUGUCUAAGAACCAUAACAUAUUUUACGCUUAUCAUGGCAACCGAUUAGAGAACUUUUAUACUAUUUUAAAUUUCGGUCUCCAACAGCACCUGAAUAAGAACACUUUGCUAGGAAACGGCGUCUACUUGUCGCCCGACCUCAAUAUAAGCUUGCCCUAUAGCCACGGAGGCUUCGGAUGGGGCGCCAGCUGCAUUGGUGGUCAUCUGUCUUGCAUAGCCAUGUGUGAAGUCAUUGACGCUCCAGAAGGCAUCAAUUACCAGAAACCUAUUUCAAAUGAAGGAGACGGUAUUUACGAAGAUGAUAAAAGUAAGAAACUACUUUCCGAUCAAAAUUGCGAUGGACAGAUGACACAAUACAUAGUCACAAAUUGUGAUCUAGUAAGAGUGAGAUAUAUGCUCGUGUAUGCGAAGCAACCCGCGUCGAUGAGAUUUCCUACAACAAGCGUCAAUAGGAAUGUUGGUGGGUUUCGUCAGUGGCUGUCCAGGCACAAGCUUUUUUCCAUACUACUUGGCUACGGAUUAAUGUUAGCCACGAUAGGCUUCGCAAAUAAUCAACCUAUUCACUAUUACUAUAAAAUAUUAUUGAAGAAGCUGGACAUCGCAUACAGCACAGUAAAAGUAUAA